UCUCGCGCUCUGCCUCCCUCCUCUCUCGCUCGCAGUCUGCGAGCAAUUGAGUCCAAGCGAGGAGCGGCGAGUUCCCCGCCUUGAGCAGCCAAAUCUUGGCGAGACAAUCCCGGCCGGAGGGGGGAAGCGAGAGCGCACGGGGCGGCGAGGCAGGAGAGGAGCCCCCAGAUCCAGCCCGAAAGAGACGGGUCGGCCCCGCGCUCCCAGGCAGCCAAGCCCACAGCCAGUCCCUCCGACCCGAAGGCAGCUUGGCCGGCAACUCCACAUACUAAACGAUUGGCAUCAGUGUGAUUUUUGGAAUGCAGCAGCAACAACAACAGCGCCAAAUGUUCACAGCCGCCCUCUUGGCAUUCAUUUUCAUUCUGGCAGCCAUGAGUACUACUGAGGCUGGCAAAAAAGAAAAACCAGAGAAGAAAGUGAAGAAGUCCGACUGUGGUGAGUGGCAGUGGAGCGUGUGUGUACCCACCAGUGGAGAUUGUGGCCUAGGGACCCGCGAGGGCACUCGCACUGGAGCCGAGUGUAAGCAAACUAUGAAGACCCAAAGGUGUAAGAUCCCCUGUAACUGGAAGAAGCAGUUUGGAGCGGAGUGUAAAUACCAGUUCCAGGCCUGGGGAGAAUGCGACCUGAAUACUGCCUUGAAGACUCGAACUGGGAACCUGAAGAGAGCCCUUCACAAUGCUGACUGCCAGAAAAUUGUCACCAUCUCAAAGCCCUGUGGGAAGCUUACCAAACCUAAACCUCAAGAACCCAAGAAGAAGAAAAAGGAAGGCAAGAAACAGGAGAAGAUGCUGGAUUAAUAGAAGCCAUGCUGGGCAGCAGGAGAAAGGGACAUCAGCAAACGUGAUCAGUUAACAGUUUCAUUUACAUCUAGGCAAUUUACCCUAAAAUUAUUUAUAGCUUAAUUGUACAAUAGGAGGAAAAACAAACACACACACACACACACACACACACACACACACCUUUUUUAAAAUGUUACUCUAGUAUUUUUUAAUGUAUAACCCUAACAACAUUUUAGAGGCCUGCAAUAAAGAACUGUAAUUUCAUUCAGAAAAUUAUUUCUAUGGUAUAUUGAACAAUGUAGAGUAUUUUAAGGUAUUUUUUCCCUCAAGUCUUAUUUUAGAUGUCAAUCUGGAUAAGUUACUCCAUGCAGGCAGAACCUUGAGCCUGUGGAAGUCAGUGGGGCAGUGUGUGGGAGCAAGAGUCUGCCCACAUGCAGUAACGUGUAAGAUUCAGGCCUUGGGUCUGAAACAAACAGGACUUUUUUGGGGGUGGGGUGGGGAGGGGAAGUCUUGUCACAACUAGAGAAUUGUGUGGAAACUGUCUGGGAUGGGUGGAAAGGUUUAGUAUUUGCUGGCAAAAAGUAAGAGGGGGUGGGACAGUAAAUAUUCAGUUCAAAAUACUACUGUUUAAAAUCUCAUUGUUUCUACCACUGGCACUUUACUGGCAACAAGAAUGGUGAAAUCCUCUCUAGAAAGCUGGGGUAGGCAAAGUCCUCAAUUUUCACAGUGUGGCACUUGGCUGAAAAAGUGCUUGUCAUAGUGAAACAACAUCAAAACUCUCCUUUUGUUUUCAUGAAAAAUUCAAAGUAACAGAGAAAAA